CCUCAAAGUACUCGAUGUAUAGUUAAAAAAUGGGAGGGCACACUUGAACCGAGCUGCUCUAUGAAGGUAGGCUGCAGCGUGUGUUUAUUGAUGAGAUGAAAAGAAGAUGGAAGUGAGAAAUGAAACAAAGUAAAGGAACAUAUUAAAAAAAAACUGUACGCGCUUCGUCGGGGGAAAACAGGGGAUCCGUGGAAACGCUGUCGCCACUUUUUGAACGAGCUUCGAAGUGCAGAGCAACACAUGAUUUGGACAGAGAGGACUGACAGCCUUGCCUAGCACCCGGCCUCUGAUCAGCCAUCUCCACCAGCAAACUGAAGCUUGACCCCUUUAUCACCAGCCACACAAUCAUCUUUGGAACAAAACGUCAUCUAACUGUGACAUCAGUUGCAAGGGGAUGACCGAGCGCAUUCAUAACAUCAAUCUCCACAACUUCAGCAAUUCUGUACUUGAGACCCUCAAUGAGCAGCGCAACCGUGGGCACUUCUGUGACGUGACUGUUCGGAUCCAUGGAAGUAUGCUGCGAGCUCACCGGUGUGUCCUGGCUGCUGGAAGCCCCUUCUUUCAGGACAAGCUGCUGUUGGGCUACAGCGACAUUGAGAUCCCUUCUGUGGUCUCAGUGCAAUCCAUCCAAAAGCUGAUUGACUUUAUGUACAGUGGGAUUCUGCGGGUUUCUCAGUCAGAGGCCCUGCAGAUCCUUACUGCUGCCAGCAUCCUACAGAUCAAGACCGUCAUUGAUGAGUGUACCCGCAUUGUGUCCCAGAAUGUGGGCCUGGCUGGGCCGGGGGGGUUCCCUGUCAUACCAGGAGACUCUGGUCAGGAAACACCCCGUGGCACGCCAGAGUCUGGCACUUCUGGGCCCAGCAGCGAUGCAGAGUCAGGUUAUAUGCAAGCAACAUCACAGCAAAGCAUGGAUCGUGCUUAUACAUCACUCUACUCCUACCCUGGCCUCUCUCUGCAGAAUGGCACCCGUGAGCGCUCCUUGUUCAUUAACCCUCUGACGUCAAAUUACGAUCCGAAUCUCAGCACUCAGAAGGACCACCAGUCCCAAGAUCCGCCCUGGAUGAACCGCAUCCAGGAGAGAUCGCAGCAGGUCGAUCGCUUCAUCUCCACAGCAGAGUCCACCCACUGCCGCAAGCAGCCCCGACCGGUACGCAUACAAACAGCAGGGAUGCACAUAAAGCAGGAGGUUGAAGAUGAGUUCAGCUGCUACGAUAAUUUGGGGGACUGCCCAGACGACACCGACCAUGCUGAAGGUGUAGAAAGUGAAUCCAAGGUUGAGAGUUUUGACUCAGGGGUGAGCUCCUCCAUCAGCACCGAGCCAGAUGCUGUGGAGCAGCAGCCGUACCUGGGCUUUGGACGAGACGUGAGCGGGGAGGGGCAGCAAGGUGAAGGAGGUCCAGUGCAUAUAGAGGUCAAUGACUCGUCACCAGAGCAAGUGCAAGAGGCAGAGGACGGGGACACGUCCCACAGCACUAGUGACAGUAGCAUGAUGCAACCCCUGCCAAACUCAGUCAUGUCCCAGUCCCUGCCAAGUGCCCCGCACUUCAUGCGCCCGACAGAAUCACACACCAGCAAUCUGAGGAUGCCGCUCACCGUGACCAGCAAUUCCCAAGUGAUGGGCACUGCUGGAAGCACCUUCCUGCCCACACUCUUUCCUACACAGCCGCCUAGAGACAACAAGUCUUACCUUUACCUUACUGGCCAGCAGCAACCCCAGUUUGUGGCAGUGCCGCCCCCUGCAAUGCCAUCAUUCCCGAACCCCAUGUCGGUACAGCAAGCGCCAGCUCAGCAGCAACAGGCUGCAGGAGGAGUUGGUUCAGGGGAAAAGAAGCCCUAUGAAUGCACUCUCUGCAGUAAAACCUUUACUGCUAAACAGAACUACGUCAAACACAUGUUUGUCCACACUGGUGAGAAGCCUCAUCAGUGCAGCAUCUGCUGGCGCUCGUUCUCCCUGAAGGAUUACUUAAUCAAACACAUGGUGACACACACAGGGGUGCGGGCUUACCAGUGCAGCAUCUGCAACAAGCGUUUCACCCAGAAGAGCUCUCUCAAUGUCCACAUGCGGCUGCACCGUGGAGAGAAGUCCUAUGAGUGCUACAUCUGCAAGAAGAAGUUCUCACACAAGACCCUGCUGGAGAGGCACAUGGCCCUGCACAGCACAGGCAGUGGCAUCACAGGCCUGUCGGGGAGCGCAGGUACCCCGGGCCCAGUCUCCAUCCCCAUCCCUAUGGCUGUCCCUGAGCCUGGAGCUGGAGUGGUGGCCCUCGCCAUGCCAGUGAGCGGAGGUGCUGGAGUAGGGGCUGGGGUUGGAACAGGAGUGGGUGUAGCCGCAGAAGCGAGCUGCCAAGAAGGGACCACCUACGUGUGCUCCGUCUGCCCUGCCAAGUUCGACCAAAUGGAGCACUUCAAUGACCACAUGCGAAUGCAUGUCUCCGAUGGAUAAGUACUAAUAGAUAAACUUCUUUCAAAAAGAAUGACAAAUAAAAUGGCACUAGAUUUCCUUUUCUUGUUUUGAGGUAUGAAGAGUAAUGAGUAUAGACACUGGCACAUUAAGUUUCCCAAAAAAAAAAAGAUUUUUUUUUUUCUGUUAUUCUAAAAGAAAAAAAAGAUGGUGGCCUUAAGGCUUAGUAGUUUGAUAUUGAUCUACUGGAUGGAUCCUAACUACAGGCCUCUAAAUGUAUGCUUUCCUAAAAUACUGAUUUAUGUGUUGAACACUACCGAAAGGCCUACGAAAGAAACACAUACACACAAACACACCUUUAGCGUAGAUAUGUCUGAAUGAUUAUACAUGUGCAUAUAUGUUUUGAGCGUUUGUGUAUUUGCAUGUGUCCCUGUUUGUCCCUUGUGUGUGUGUGUGUGUGUGUGUGUGUGUGUGUGUGUGUGUGUACAUUGCCAUGAAACAUAAAACAUGGCAGUUGUGAACCCAUACUGACCAGUUUGGAAACUAUAGAUGUCCAAGCUUACUGUGGUAUAAUUUACAACAACAAUAACAAAAAAAUCAUCUGGGGUUGGGCUACAUACUCCCUCUAAAAAUACUGAUGGUCACAAGAUUGCCUUCUUAUGUAAAAUAAAAAAAAGGAGAGUAGUUAAUUUGACACUUGGUUUUAUUUAUUCCUAAUGGUAUUAAGGGAUUAUAAUACAGCUGUUGUCAAGGUACCAAUUUCAAUCACUUUUCUGAAAUGUAACUUGCUGUCGGUGGUGACAGGGACAAAUAUUUCUCAUAUGUUUUGUAAUUGUUGUCCAUGCAUUUUUGAUGGUUAACAUUACGUUUACUAAAUUAGGGUGUGUUGACGAGACAGUAUUUGAGCAAAAAUAUGUUUCUUUUUUUCUGAAGUUUGGAGUUUAACUCAUUUGCAUACACUGCCACUAAUAUCUUAAAAGACUGUUAAGGCUAGUAAACCUCUUCCAUUUCAAAACAUAAGAAAAAAAGAAAGAUUCUUUUGCUGAUGAAUUUCUUUUUUCUUUUUUCUUUUCUUUUAGCCUUUCACAUUCACAGUUAUGGCAGACUGGCAUAUGCGACUAAACUCUCUCCUUCAUAAUUGCUGCUCCUCAACUUGCACCUGACUGUUAUGGGUCUUAGAUUAAAAAAGGAUCUGUCACUUUAACCAUUGUUGUUAUUGAGAAGCCUACAUGGUUUUAAUUUGAUGACGACGUAUUAUAAUAUUGGGGUUGGAGGACAGGGUGGGUGGGGGGGUUAGGCUCUGGUUGUUGAUUGGAACAGUGUUAAAGAGGGAGUAAUUUGAUUUGUAACAAAUUUGAAUUGGAAAUAAAUGGCAUCCUUAUCCUAGAACCCCCGUAUAACCACUUCAGUACAUUGCAAAGCUACUUCAGCGAGUGGGAGCUAAAUGCAUUACUCUUUAUGUAUUGGCUCUCCCUGAAGGCUCAAAUUGCAUGCAACGUUCUGAAAGGAAAUAAAGUUUCAAAGCAAAACAAGUAGCUCCAUCGAAAUCACACUGUUUCGUGAUAUACCACAAGUUGCAGAUGGACUUUCUAGACAAUAGUAAACAUUCCUGAUUUAUCUGAAAAACCUAAACACAGCAUGUACAGAAUAGAUUAGGAAGCUAGUGUGCGCAAGUUGUCAUCCAUGCAUCACAUCACUUAAGGCUCAUUUCUGAUAUUUGAAUUGUUUUGUAAUUGCUUUCUACUCAAAAUAGGACACACACACACACAUGCAAUUGCCUGCAACUGCAAUCUGAAGGAUUUGUUCAUUUAUGUGAGCAAACACUUUCGUAGUUGUGUUGUUGAAAGAAUAACUGCGUACAGCAGGUCUUAAAAAGACUUGCUGUAGAUUCAAGAAAACAAAGUGCUACUUUGCACAUUUUCUUAAAAUGCCUGUGCUUAAUAUUUAAUCAUUUUUCCUUAAAUGAACUUCUAUGAUUUUCUUUUAUUCAAUUUCAAAGGAAAAAAAAACAUUUUUUAAAUCUUGAUAAGUGGACUGCAUUAUUUUCUUGCAUAUAUGUUGCACUGCUUAAACCAAUAAGUGCACUACUGUUAACAGAGAUAUUAUAGUUUUAGAAAAGAGGAUUUUUUUUAAAAAAAAAUCUAACAUUUGGUUGUAGAGUUCACAUGUUAUAGAAUAGCUUUGUUUCAAUUUCUUCAUUAAGUAAUUCAGCAGUUCUUGGCUUUUGUUAUUGCUUGCACUUACCUACAGUAUAUACUCGUGCCGCAUCGAUGCAAGCAUUUAUUUUGAUUUAAAUUUGUAUCAUUACAUGUGCUCAUCUAUGUUUUAACAUUUUAAUUCAUUUUUUUAUGGAGUCAGCUCCCUUAAACAGUUAUUCAAUUGCAUUUCUUUUCAAACAGAAUUUUCCUACGAGAACAUUCAAGCCAAACAAGGUUAACACUGAAACAACAGUAAUAAUAAACACAGCUCCCACCCAACUCCGUUGGCGGAGGUAAUAAUAAUAACUAUUAUAAUAUUAUUAAUAAUAAUAACAAUACAUUUAUAAUGUAUGUGUGUGUGUGUAACAUAAAUGAUAUGUGUGUCCUAGAACAAUAUUCUGUGGGUUUAAAGGUGUUGGGAGGUGAUGGAGUGCAGCUUCUUUGAUAUCUGUCUGUCAGUUGUACACAGUCGUGUCCCUUCCUUAGUGUUUGUAUGUCUGUGGGUGUCUGUGUGUGGUAUAUAGCCUAAUCAAACUGUUGAUAAGUGGAAUAUCUGAACUGUAGGGCUUCCUUAGCAAUAUGCAAACUGGUACUAUGAGAAGCAGCUCUCUAAGCGUUUUGGGCAAACGUGGCACCUGUGAGAUUUGUUGUGAGAUUCGAUUGAAGCUGAGGUGAAGUCCUGUUCACUUCAUCGUACUGUUUGGAGAAAACAUUUCCAGCAUUUUGAUGCUACACUUCAUAGGACUGCUAAUAGAUUUCCUGUGGAGUCGGUUGAAGUCAAGUCAAGUCACGAACAUGUGAGACCUAGAGAGAUUCUGUAUCCUGGUUUUUCCUCAGCUGAAAGAAAAAGGAAAAUAUUGAUCCCCACAUUAGAAAUACACUGAAAAAAGCGCAAGGCUAGUCCACAGUAAAAGUAGCACAUUAUUUAACAUUUGAUUGGGCCUGUUUCCUAUUGUGUGCAUAUAAGCCUAAAUUGUACUGUUCCUGUUUGUAGCUGUUGUUGCCAGGAUGGCAAUAUUGCUGCAUGCUAGUGCUAUAUUUGUCUCUACACAGCACGUGGAGGGUAAUCUCAUGCCUUAACAGACAAUGCACUAAAUAGAAUAUGUAAGCAACUGCCGAGAUCUCUUUCCAACAGUACUGCCACAUAUAUGGCACACAGCUCAUGAUGUUGGUGUUUGUCGUCCGUUCAGUACCGAGUUAAACACUGCCAAACGAACAUCAUCACUUCUUUCAAAGGCAGAGACAUUAAUUGAAUUGUUUCAGUGUAAUGUAUGUAUUCAGUAAUCUAGCAUUCCUUCAUGGCACCUAAAUUUUACAUAUUUUGUGUAAACACAUACAGUAUAUCAAAUGCACUAUUGACUGUAGCUAGAUGAGUACAACCAGCUUUGUGGUAUCAUUGGUCUAAAUAGUAGGUUAAGUAGCUCGAUGUUGGUUUUUUGAAAUAUUUGAUUUCAGAAUUACACUAUCAAUUGUUUCUCUUAUCUUUUUUUGGAAUAACAAAAGUAGCCAGUCACAACGUUAUCUGGAUGAGGGCUAAUAACUCAUCCCAUUUGUCAGUUGACUUCUUGUAUCAUAAGGUGUUUGAUAGCAGACCAGGCUUGGAAGGGGAGGAACUUUUUCUCCAGGGUGUCAUAACGUGCUACAGCCCCCACCCUCCCCCCUCCGCCUCCCCCCCUCCCCCUCCCCCGGCCCUUUGCCCUUCUUGCAUAAGCAUCACAUGCUCUUCACUGUCCAUAGUUAUAUAUUCCUUAAACUGCUUCAGCUACUCGUGGUGGUGCUUAAUUCUCUUUUCUCUGUGUUGCAAAAAGUUGGUUGAGAAAUUGUUGAAAAGUUGCAACAUUAUCCAGAAAAUAAGUCCUUAUCUCAAUCGUGCUUCUUCUAGAUGUUAGUUUGAAAAAAAAAAGAGUAUAGGCUUUAUGUUUGCAAAGUGUUCGCAUAUUUUCCAGAACAAAACAUAUUGAAAAGUAGAUAAUAGCAUUGAGCCUGCAGCUGUUUGUAUUGUGUUUCAGAUAUAUUACUGUUCAUGUUUUGUUUAUCUUAGUGUAGAGACACAGGGUCUACAGUACAUUGUUGUCCUUCUUGCAGUAUGUUUAAUUCAUCGUUAUACUUCUUUAUUUCAGGCUUCCUCCUACUUUUUUUAUGGUGAUCAUAGUGGUGUUGAUUAUUCAUACAUAGCUUCACACAACUGGAUUAAGGGUAGUCAGUUAUUGAGUCAUAUGUCACAGUGUAAUAUAUUAUAUGCUUAUAUGCUUUGCAUCGAGAUGAAAACAAGGAAAUGGAAGAGAGUAAUCGUGAGGGUCGUGUUCAGUCAGGAGCAGGUUUCAUUUUAUUCUGGUAAGCAUGUGUCUGUCUUCCUGUUUGUCUUUCAGUCUGUCUCCACACAUUUUAAGUCAGAUUUUUUUUUUUAUUAUUAUUUAAGCUUGAAUAAAGUCACAAAGAGUAGAAUACAGAAAACACAUGAAACCACUCAGAUAAUACAUAACUGCAUUUUCUCUGGCCUUCUACAGUACACAUAAGAGUGAAAUAGAUGACUUCUUACAAAUAUACUAUAUAUAUUUAAGUAUCACCAUCUCCACACAGAUGAAGAUAGUUUGAUAAAGACAUAAUUGCAGCUAGAGUAUACAGUACCUUGUGGGAUAUAGGGAAUAUGCCUAUCAAGUGCCUAUCAGUACAUACAGCAACUAUACAGAAUAUUCAUAGUUUUUCUCUCCUACAUUGCACAGAUACAGUAUAUACACAAUGGUCUAUAAAAAUAUACUAUUUAUGCUAUUACUGCUAAGACCUGGUGGUUGUGAGUGCAUCCUAAGAGAACCCUUUAAAAUACCUGAAAUGUUCUAUACAUAUACAGUAAAGGUUACAUCUGCAAGUUUUAUUUUUUAUCUUACAUUUAUACAGUUUGGAGGAUUCAAAGAUAUAAAAUGCAAUCACGUUUUGAUGUUUUAUCAUCUAAGUAAAGUAUAGUUUGUUCAAAUGUAGUUUGAGUAGGUUCAGAUGGUACUUGAAAAAAAAAAAACGAAAGAAAUCAUAAAAUUUAAUGACUUUUCUCUUCUUUCAGGUUGCUCUCUCUCUUGCUCUCUCAUUGCUGUUUGGCAUUUUACACAUGCCAGUUUUUUGCUUUUUGUUUUUUUGUUUUCCCAGUUUUUGCCAGUUACAAACAAGCCAUAUACCGUACUGUAUGUUUGGAGGGGGGAAAAGGACAGUGGCACUUUGAGAACAGCAGAGGGAGCCACACGUCAACUGGAAGGAGUCAAGGUUAACUCGUUGCCUGCCAUAAUGAAUGAAAAAUUGGAUUUAAUCUUGUUGGUAAAUAUUUACAUUCUUCAGAUUAUAACAGUGUCUAUAAGCAUGGCAAUGGUUACCUCCACUGGCACCUGCUGCAAAUGAAUCAGAAAUAGUUUGCAGGUUGUAGAAACUGGCAGCUGCCCUCAUAGUUUACUUUUCAAAGUACACCCACUUGUCCUUUGACCUUGAUAGCAGGCCUUUCCAUAUGCCAGCCAAUGGCCAAUUUCCCCACAACAAUUAUUAAAGUUUUAUCUUAUCUAACAGCUUUGUUGUUUACGUACAGCUUGAAAUUGUAAAGGGCAAGCAGCGAGCAACGUGAAAAAAGAAGCUGGUCAUUAAACGUUAGACUCAAAGUAGAUAUUUAUAACCGCUACUUGGAGGCAAAAUGAAAUUACAGAUUGAAAGUUUUGGCAACAGAGAGAAGACACACACACACACACACACACACACACAUUCAAAAGUCUUUAGGUAGUUGGUUUAACAACAUGAAAAUGAAACCAAAAUGAAAAUAUAGUAGAAUAAAAACCAUAAAUCAAGUUUCAGGACUGAGCGGCUGUGAGAUAAAAGGUUUUGGGAUGGCGUAUUAUUCAGUCCCCUGUGGACUAAUUACCACAGUUUUCUCUCUAACCUUCUCCAGCCUAGUUACUGUGCCAGAUUUAGGAGAGUGAAAAAGGACACUUUUUUAAUUAUGCCACUGUUGUUAAGUUAGAUGUGAGAACCAAGCAGCAAAACGGAAAAUAAAAGUAAUUUAAAGAAAUUUCUAUAAAACCAUACCAAAAGGAAGUGAUUGUCUGUAUUUUGAAUCUUUAAAUCCUCCAUUAUACAUAGUUUUCAAUAAAAUAGGAGAAAACAGCUAUGAUGAACAAAUGCACAUGUGCAAGGCUUAGUUUCAUAUACAUUUAAUGUUAAAAUGAAGCAUUAAUAAUAUAGGCAAUGUGAUAUAGCUAGUCCCUGUCAUCCAACCGUCGCACUAUGACACACACAGACAGCAUCUGUUCAGAUUUUUACAGUCAAAUAUUCAGAUUCUGUUUUGAUUUCGAGCUUCACACACACACACAGAGACACACACACAGCACAGUGAAGCAGCUGUUCAGAUUUAAAGUACAACACAGCUAAACUAAGCUACAGUAACAUCUAGAUUAUAUUAUUACUUUCUCCGAACAUGCAGUUAGUACACUACCCUGAUGAGGUUUUUAAUAAAACGUCAUCAUCAGGUAACUACCAUCAGUCCAAAUGAAGCAUGCAGUCCUGUCUACACAGCUUUUUCCUGCAGGGGGGUACUUUGUUUUUGAUGGAACACAUAUAACAACUAUAUUUUGAGUGUCCCUCGAUAAAAGGCUUCUUUUUUUUUCACAGUGGUGAGGAGACUUGGGCGUGAUUUUGCCUCUGAAGACUACUGAGCCUCUUUGUGUUCUUAUUCGCCAUAGUCUUUUUUGGCUUAGUCCAGCUCGAUUAGUUUAAAAAGUUUGCAGCAGCUUGACUAAAAACAUGCAUUCCUGUUCAAGACCAGAACAUUCCAACUCCUAGUCUGGCAUUCAGUUUCCACACUUAACUAACCUAACAUUAAGGAGGAUUUCCAGUACUUAAGUGUUUUACAGACCUGUUGGAUAUUUGAUUAUGUAGUAGCAAACACUGCCCAUGACAUCAAAGUUUAGUUUAAAAAAAAAAGGGUUUCCUCAAAUAAGUGUUUUUUUAAAAAAAAUCUCAUCUAGAUGUUUAUUCAAAUUUUGCCACGAGAUCACAAACCUCAUAAGCUUUGAGCUCAGCUUACGCUUGUGUGGACUGGUUCUAUAGACAACAUGCACUAUGCUGUCACUCUGUUUCUCUACGUAGGUCUCUCUUUUUAUAGUGCAGAGGUGUAAAAUUAAAAAAAAAAAAAAAAAAGGAAAGAAAAGAAAGAGAAGCUCUUCCUCACCAUGAUCUUGGUCACUGUCUCAGCCAGCACGUAGUCUGCCACAAGGGCACACACAGGCUUAGAUUAAACAUCUUUUUUAGCAACGUAAUGUUCCACGAGGGACUGGUGGUGGUAAUUUGUAAAACAAUAGGGGAAAAAACUGUACUAGACAAUGUUUGUUUUCACAAACCAAAGAAGGGUUAAGAUAAUUUAAGUUUAAUGGAGAAAAUAAAAUUUCUUUUCUAUGUGUGUGGGGUUCCUACGAUUGGGCUCGAGUGCUACAGUUGUUUUAAUUUUUUUUUUCUUUGUUUUUCUUCUCAUUGCAGGGUGCUUGUGAAAAUGCAUCCAUGUUUUGUCUCUUGAUCAGUUGUUAAUAGUUUUGUGGUUGUGUUAAUUUGCCUAUUGUAGACCAAAAUAGAUUUUUUUUAUAAGAAAUGCAACAAAACGUAAAAAUGAAUCUGACACAGUAGCUGUGAUGUAAACUAUCGCAUGUUAAUUCAUGUAUAAGAUUGUGUAAACAUUGCAUUGUUCCUCUGACAAAACAUGAUACUCAACAAUCAUUGGUUAUGUCUUUUAUACACACAUUUAGCCAAUCAGUGUAGACCUGUUCACCUUCACAUUGGAUUACAUCUAAAUAGUUUUUUUAAUCAGUUUUCUUCAAAUAUCGGCAUGUCUAAUAUUUUAAGACUGUCCCUGAAAUACUAAUCUGACAUUGUGGUUUUAAGUACAUUCAGCCAUUUAUACUUGAGAUGGACCAAGAUGUUAAGUUUGCACAUAUUUGUAGGUUGUUUAUUAAGCCAAAAAAAAGGGGGGAAAGAGAAUAACAGUACACAACUUUCAGUCUCGGCAAGUCAAAUCCAGCCGAGCCGCUCAUGAUCUCCAAGCAAAUAUUACACUCGUUCAUGUUCACUGACAGAAAAGGAGCCAGCCAUCACUACACGAUGAAAAUUAAUCCAAACCAAACUGUAACAUGAAUUUAAAUAUCACAAUGUGGAGCAAAUAUUUAUGAAAGUGAUUACGAAAUGAUAUAUUUUUGUAAGAACAAUACAUGUCAUCUGCAAGAGGAAUGUAAACCAUUUGGCAAAAUUUUAUUACUGUAAGGUCUAAGUUUAGCUGAAUCUGCUGUACAUUUUUCAUCCUGUGUGUUCAAAAUAGGAAAUUUAAUUACUGUAAUUCGGGCAAUGUUUUGUACCUGGGCUGAAGACAGAAUUUCUCGAAUAUUGACAUGACAAAUCAGAAAUUACAUGUGUCCUAAUCAAAGCAGCUUAGGUCAUAUUUUUUUUCAUCUGGCUUUCAGGCUUUUUGCUGCCAUAUCUUGUAUGUAGAUGCUUUUGUAAACGUGCACUUGAGUUGAACUAUAAGAUGUGCUUAUAAUUAUGUGUAUAUUUUGUUAGGCUCUUUUUGGCCUACAUUAGCUUGCUAUUUUAUUAUUUCUCUAAAAAUACUCCUUUAUAGUUAUGAACAUGGCAGAAGUGGAGCUGUUGUAGUAAAGGUAGUUAACAUCACAACUAAGCAACCCUGAAAUAUAUGCUGCAGUAAUGUGUUUUCAGUUUGUUUUUGAUAAUUUAUGCUCCAAGUUGGUUUGUAUUUUAUUAUUAUUAUUAUUAUUGUUAUGAAACAAGCUUGUUUGAAAUGUUUUGACUGCUGUUUUGAAAUAGGGGAUAAAGUUUUUUUUUUUUUUUAAUGUAUGUGCAAGGACGUUUUUAUAAUAUGAUUUGUCAAACACUGGACUGGAGUGAGUUUUCCAACAUUUCCAAGUUGAGAGAUGUAUUUGACAGACCUAACUGCACAGACGACACCCGUUAGCACAGAUGUGAGCUGACAGACAAAGCACAUCCUCCCAGCUGUACAGGGGAGGGUGACAACAGAGCCGCCAUCCUCCCGCUCAGAAUAGGACUCAUUUAGAUGUAAGAAGUUAAGACAUUAACUUUGUGCUGGUUAAUUGCCCUCGUUGGGUGAUGGGUUAUAUAUAACAGAAAAUAUUUAUCCGAGUUUUCCUUCCAAAUUCUUGCAUGGAAUCGACUGGUGACAUAUAGAGAGGGUUUUUUUUUCUUAGCUGAAAAAGAAAGAGUGCUCUCAUAAAUAUUCAGAAAAAUGAUGAAGGGAUACCACUUGACAGCUAUCCAGUUAUCAAAAAUCACCUGGUGUGUUCUUGCAAUGGUAGAGCAGACAUGACAUUUGAGUCUCAUUACACCCACCACCACUUCUCAAACCAGAAAAGAGAUUUGCACUAGACUUGUUUUGGUCUUCUUCUAUCAAAAGCAAUAUAAUUCACAACACAUUUUCGAACCAUAGUAUGUGACGGUUGUCGUCCACAGUGGCAAUGCUGAGUAAAUGGUGAUAUUUGACAUGUUUUGAUUUGUUUUUUUUGUAUUAAAAGGUACACAAUCGGUCACCUUAUUAAAUGCACAUGACAUCUACACGUUCGUAGCAGUUUUAUUUUUUUAACCCAGCAGUACCCUGAGUAUUAGUGUCCAGAUUUGAGGGGCAUUAAAACUGUUGUUUCCUCCUGUGAUUGUUUUGGACAAAUCAAGCAGCUCUUACAGAUCUGACGUGAGAGACGGGAUAUAUGAGGGAUGGAACCAUUUCCCACAAGCCAAAAUGUCAGUUGUCUUCAUCACACAGCCGAGACCAUUUUGAAAGAUUAACACAAAUACCAAAAGAUAACCCCAGCUGUCCACUGUCGUGCACACUUCUCCUUUUGAAAACACUCGUUUUCUCUGCAUAUUUGGUCACUUUGAGUGCUUUUGGCUGGGAUGUUACAAAAGGAAAAAAAAUGCUUUAAUGUGAGAUAAUAACGAAAUACUUCUUAGAGGAAGAAAAAAAAUUCCAAAUGCACCUUUUUGUCAUAGAAAUACAGCAUCAUUGGCCACGUAUGUAGAGAAUCUGUGUCCACCAAAAUGCAUCAUACGUCAUCCCUCUUCAGUGAGGCCAUUCACAAAAGCGUAAUUACUGAUCUUAACGUCGUUAUUAUGUUGAUGGAUAAGUGUAAAUUUUUCAAUAAUUCACAAACAGCAACAUGUCACCAUUUUAUCUGGAUGUAGUAGCUUUCCUGUUUUCACCGCUUUGUGGUGUUGUUGAAAGAUGUUGCGGUUUGUCUAAAUAUGUUGCGUGUUAGAGGAAGCAUAAGUAUGUGCCUUCUUGUAAUCUCCUUGGUGAGCUUGUUAUUAUUGAGAAGCUGAAGCCAGCCAAUUGUGUUUGCACUAAAACCAAAUUGCUUUUGUGAUGUAGACUAUUUAAGCAAGCUUGUUGCGUCACUUUAACCGUACAGUAUGCAUGAGGGUGAAAUUGGUAAGUCUAGGGCUAGAGCUCUCAUCUGUUGACCUGUAAACCAGUGCAGCUUAGAGGAUCUUGUGAAUAUAUCUUGGCUUAGUUUCACAUUCAGUUUUCAAUUCCAUCUCCUUACUCAUCAAGUUUGUCACAAUUUCAACAGUUAAAAAUAAAAAAUUAAAAAAAAAAAACUAUUUUAAAAAUAGGAAAAAAAAAAAAACACAUACCAUCAAUACAAUACAGCUUUUACUUUCACAUGCCACAGUUAGAGUUACACAUCUGCAGUAGAGAUAUUCAUUUCUCUGAAUCCAUGGGAAUGCAUGAGUAUACGAGGUCGCCUCAAGACUAUUGGUCAAAUUAAUUUAGGUUGUUUUUGAAAACUUAUAUUUAUUAUACAUUUUGUUGACAUCUAAGAAAGACCUACAUGCUUUGAGUCUUACAAAUGCACCUUAUUCAUGUCAGUCCAAGUUGGGGAAAAAAAAAAAGGCUGGCAAUGUAAUAUCUCUGAUUUAGCACCUUACUACACAGCAUGUUUUCACUUUAUGCCAGUUUAGCUCUUCUUCCAUAUGUAUGAUUUCAACAAUAAAUCUCAUAUUUUGUGAAAUUGUUUCAUGGGAUGUGCCAAAGUUUGGAGGCGAUCUCCCAAGUGUUUAUGCUUAUCAUUUUCUUUUCCUCCUCCUUCAGUUAUAGCAAUGGUAUGUCAAAACUUUCCUAUAACAGUGUGUGGAAUCAAUUUAUCUCAGCAAACAGUAUCAUUACUUGCCAUUUUACAAUAAGCCCUGUAUUUCACAUAUAUUUACCAGUGAUGUGUAUUUGUUAUUAUAAAGAAAAUAGCCGUAAAAGCUUCAUUAUGUUACAUAAUAUUGUGACUUUUUUCGAAAAACUGUGAAGACUUAUCUUGCAUAUACUUUAUACAGAAGUAUUAAGCCUUAAUACAAAAGACUAAAAAAAGUGUGGAAGAAUAAACUGAUUGUUGCUAAGUAAGGAUGAUUUUUGUAAAUGUUACCAGCACUUUUUUUGUAAUUUUCACUCUCUGAGGUAUUGUACAAGUUCAAGCUGUUUGUGAAGUUUGAUUAUGAAGGAAUAAAAACUAGUACUUUCCUGUACUUCACAGAAA